UGUCCUCUCUGUAGACAAAGAAACCCUAAUUAUCUCCGUCUCUUUCUAACACAUUAUGCAUAGAGAGUUUAUGACUUUAUUCGCAUCUCAACUUCUCAAAAUCUUUUUGAUUUUCUCAGCCUCACUCCCCCUUCGAUUUUACUGCCAUAUCUAGGGUUUUUCCCUCUCCCAUGGAAUCCCACCUGUAAAUACCGCAUAUCUACGUAGCUACGCUAAUAUAUUGUUGGAUACGAAGCACUGUAAUAGUCCGAGGCAGAAGCGAGACAUGUACAGGGAUCGCGGCGGCGGAGGAGGGUCGUCGAAGUCGGAGAUCGUGGGCGGGGCGUUGGAUCGGAAGCGAAUCAACGAUGCGUUGGAUAAGCACUUGGAGAAGUUGUCGCCUUCCACCUCCAAGUCCUCCAAGGAGAAGGCAGUGUCCUCCAUCGCCGCCGGCGCCGGCGGAAAAUUGCAUCAGCAUCAUCAGCAGCAAAUCGACCAUCGCGGCGACAAUCGAUCAUCCUCUGCUUUUGCAGCCAAAAACAAGUGCUCUGAGGAAUCUGAAACAGACAGUGAAGAUUCUGAUGUUAGUGGUUCUGAUGGGGAUGAUACAUCGUGGAUUUCAUGGUUCUGCAACCUCCGAGGAAACGAAUUCUUCUGUGAGGUUGAUGAUGAAUAUAUUCAAGAUGAUUUCAAUCUUUGUGGGUUGAGCAGUCAAGUUCCAUACUACGAUUAUGCACUUGACCUUAUUCUUGAUGUUGAAUCCUCACAUGGUGAUAUGUUUACUGAAGAGCAGAAUGAACUUGUUGAAUCGGCAGCAGAGAUGUUAUAUGGUCUUAUUCAUGUGCGAUACAUAUUAACUAGCAAGGGAAUGGCUGCGAUGCUAGAGAAGUACAAAAACUAUGACUUUGGGAGAUGCCCACGAGUUUUCUGCUGUGGCCAGCCUUGCCUCCCUGUUGGACAGUCAGACAUUCCGCGAUCAAGCACUGUCAAAAUAUAUUGCCCCAAGUGCGAAGACAUCUACUAUCCACGAUCAAAGUACCAAGGCAAUAUCGAUGGAGCUUAUUUUGGAACAACAUUUCCUCACCUCUUUUUGAUGACCUAUGGACACCUUAAGCCUCAGAAACCAUCUCAGAGCUAUGUUCCAAGGGUAUUCGGCUUCAAGCUUCACAAGUCUUAAAAAUGAAGUACGAGAAUGCACUGUGUAGAGAUCUCAUUUUUCUGCCAAAGAGAUGCUUUUUACCUGGCUUCAUUCAUGUACAAGAUGUUAUCAGCCAGGUAAAAUACAGUAUGAAAAAAAAAUUGUUUGAUUGAUAAGAAGAAAUAGUAUCCCCAUACUCAGUCUGUUGAGCAAAUUUGUGCCUCAAAUCUCAUCAUGAACUAUAUUGGAAUGUAUGUUACUUUCCUUCCCACCUUGUGCAUCUUUCUAUGGAAGUAGCAUUCAGAUUCUUGAUCC